CACUAUCUACAGGUGGUGGUUGUUUUUGCUACCUGUCUAGAGGAUAGAGCCAGAUGGGAAUGUAGUUUUCUCUCAUGCAAACAACAAUUCCAAGAUACCAAAGCCCUCUAUAUUAAAACCAGGGUUUCUCUGUUUAUGUUCAGUCAGUGAAGAACACAUUCUUCUAGCAGUCAUGGCGAACCCAAUAUUCUACUUUUCAAGCUGUCUACUCUUAUCCAUUGUCAUUAUUCUUGUCAAGUUCUUUCAUAAAGUGUGGUGGACUCCAAUUCGCAUUCAGUCUUCGAUGAAGUCACAAGGAAUCAAAGGCCCUUCUUACAGAUUCCUGCAUGGUAACACCAAAGAGAUCAUCAACAUGAUAAGCAAAAUUAGGAGCAGUCCCAAGGAAGUAUUACAUCAUACAUUCCCUAUAAUUCAACCUCACAUUUAUUCAUGGAUCAAGCUCUACGGGAUGAACUUCCUCCAAUGGUACGGUCCACAACCACAAUUGAUCAUCACAGAACCUGAGCUGAUCAAAGAGAUAUUGAACAACAAAGAUAGAGCAUACCCAAAAGCAAAGGCCCCAAAUUACGUAAAGCAGCUCCUAGGGGAUGGACUUGUCACAUCAGAAGGUGAAAAAUGGUUAAAGAUGAGAAAACUGGCCAACCAUGCUUUCCAUGGAGGGAGCUUAAAAAAUAUGAUUCCAGCAAUGAUUGCCAGUUCAGAGAUUAUGCUUCAAAGAUGGAGACAUUAUGAGAGCAAGGAGAUAGAUGUGUUUCGAGAGUUCAAGGUUUUAACAUCAGAAAUUAUUUCCAGGACAGCUUUUGGAAGCAGCUACUUGGAAGGGCAGCACAUAUUUGAUAUGCUAACGAGGAUGGCUCACAUUAUUUCAGGAAACAAUUACAGAAUUAGAAUUCCUGGAAUUGGAAAAUUUUUUAAGACAAUUGAUGAGAUUGAAUCAGAAAAUCUGGAAGCGACAAUAAGAAGCUCUUUCAUGAACAUGAUGAAGAAAAGAGAGCAAGAGGCAAUGUUAGGAAAUAUAGAUGGCUAUGGACAUGAUUUCUUUGGAUUGCUCCUAGAGGCCUAUCACCAUACGGAGAAGACCAAGAAAAUAUCAGUAGAUGACCUCAUUGAUGAGUGCAAGACUUUUUAUGUAGCUGGGCAGGAAACGACAUCAAGCUCCCUUACCUGGAGUGUUCUUCUUCUAGCAAUUCACACAGAUUGGCAAGAUAAAGUAAGGAAUGAGGUGCUUGAAUUAUUUGGCCAACAAAAUCCAAGUCAAGAUAGCAUUGCAAAAUUGAAAAUUAUGAGUAUGGUAAUUAAUGAAUCUCUAAGACUAUAUUCUCCUGCUGCUGUUGUGACAAGGAGAGUUGAAAGGGAAAUUAAAAUGGGAAAAAUAACUGUUCCAGCUAAUAUGGAAGUCCUCAUUUCAACUUUAGCACUUCAUCAAAAUCCUGAAAUAUGGGGAGGAGAUGUUCAUCUUUUUAAACCAGAGAGAUUUGCAGAAGGGUUGGCUAAAGCUACAAACAAUAACAUUGCUGCAUUCUUUCCAUUUGGUUUGGGACCUCGAACUUGUGUGGGGGUGAACUUUGCACUUACAGAAACAAAGGUUGCACUCUCUAUGAUCCUGCAACGUUACAGGUUUACUCUCUCACCAACUUAUGCCCACUGCCCAGUUGAAGUUCUAACAAUGUGCCCACAACAUGGAGUUCAAGUCAUUCUCCAACCAUAUGAACCCAAGUUGUUCUGA